AUGCGUCCACGGCCUCAAUACGCUCUGCUGGACGAAUGCACAUCGGCAGUAUCUAUCGACGUUGAAGGAGGUAUCUACCAAGCAAUGAAAGACAACGGAAUCACACUGCUGACUGUUACUCAUCGACCGAGCUUGUGGAAAUUCCACACACAUUUACUACAGUACGAUGGUGAAGGUGGGUACAGACUGAUCUCCUUGAACGAUUCGACACUGGUUGAGCGAUUAUCAUUGGUGGAUGAGAAGCAACAGAUCGAGCAAAAGCUUCACGAUGUGCCACAGAUGAAAGAACGACUUGCAGAAUUGUGCCAGGUAAAGUUCACCUGA